AUGUGUAAAUCUUUAUAUUCAGAAAAAAGCAUGAAAAAAGAAAAAAUUUCUUAUACAGCAUUUUUCACUUUACCAGACGUGGACGUGAAGAGCAUCUCUCAGAGAAACCGAUAUAUAUUAACAAUGGACGUGCCUGCAGAUGCCCACAUUAACUAUGAAGACGCCAUCGAUUAUUGGACCGAUGUAGAUGCCACCGUGGACGGUGUCCUCGGAGGAUAUGGGGAAGACACUGUAGUACCUACAAUGGAUGUGCUAGGAUCGAACCAUUUCCUUCGUAAAUUGAAGUCUCGAAUGCUCCCUCAACAAGACAGCGUAAAAUACGCCGUGGACAUCGGUGCAGGGAUCGGCCGUGUGACUAAGAACAUGCUUCACAAGCAUGCCGCCAAGAUUGAUCUUGUAGAACCAGUAAAGCCAUUUGUCGAGCAAAUGCACACCGAACUAAGCGAUUUAAAGAGCAAGGGCCAAAUCGGAGAGAUAUACGACGUGGGAAUGCAAGACUGGACCCCUGAAUCCGGUAAAUACUGGCUAGUUUGGUGCCAAUGGUGUGUGGGACACUUACCAGAUGCAGAACUGGUGGCAUUCCUGAAAAGAUGCAUUGUUGGUCUACAACCCAACGGGACGAUCGUGGUCAAGGAAAACAACACCCCUACAGAUACCGAUGACUUUGAUGAAACAGACUCUUCAGUGACUAGAUCAGACGCCAAGUUCAAACAAAUCUUCGAAGAAGCCGGCCUGAAGCUUAUUGCCUGCGAAAGACAACGGGGCUUGCCAAGAGAGCUGUACCCAGUGAGAAUGUACGCACUCAAGCCUGCUUCUGACUAG